UUCUGAAGUAAAGAAAAAAAUACAUAAAUAUUUAUUAAUUUAUUAUGAUUCUAUCCUUAUUAGUUUUCCAACUUUUUGUUUUUAUUUAAUAUUUAUAAAAAUAAGUUGAAACUGAGUCAUUUAAUAAAUUGUUUUUAGCACAAAAGUGAAAUGAAGUGUAAUAUUUGUGAAAUUAACAAAUCCAAAUAUAAAUGUCCAAAAUGCAGAAACGUCAAGUAUUGUUCAGUUGCAUGUUAUCAAAAUCAUCUAUCAGGUGAUUGUACAAUAAGCAAUCAUGAUGCAUCAGUUGAAAUGGUGAAAAAUGAACAAAUGUAUCCAACUGAAGACACAAUCCCAUCAGAAAAAUUAAAUUUACUUUGUUAUGAUAAUCGUCUAAGAGAAUUAGUUUCUAAUUCUUAUUUACAAAAAUUAUUGGAAAAAAUAGACAAUAGUACUAGUCCCAAUGAAGAAUUGGAAAAAGCUAUGAUUGAACCUAUAUUUGAAGAAUUUGCUAGAAGAUGUUUGGAAAUUGUAAAGGAUGAAAAUACAAAUUGAAGUAUAAUUAAUAAAUCAUUGGCAAAUUAUAAAAACUUUACUAUGUUAAUAAAUUUAAAAACAUCAUAUUGUUUCCUUAAUUUAUGAUUUUAAUCAAAAGGAAAAAGUUGACUGAAAACUAAUUAUAUUAAUAAUAUAAGAUAGUAUUCUUGAAU